UAAUUUUUAACUAAAAUUAAAUUAAUUUUUUAUAAAUAUAAAGUUGAAUGGGAAGACUUCACUACAAUUUAGUCAAGUCCAAUCAAAUUGUUUUAACCAUAUAACACGUUUUUUGAGUCAAAAAGCAAACCCAUUGAAGUUUGGAGCACCAAAAACGCAAAUAAAUAUUUAAAGACGAUAUUAAGUAAGCAGGCGAUUUCCUGUUUCGACACCUCCUGUUUUCUUCUAUAAAAAUGGCACAACCAAUACAUCCUUUACUCAUCACUUCCAAGUCUUUAACUCCCCUACUUAAACAAAAACCAUGAUUCAAGAAAAGAAGCUAGUUGAGGAGGUAUCUGGUUGGCUAAGAGUCUAUGAUGAUGGCUCAGUCGACCGAACCUGGACUGGUCCCCCUGAGGUCAAGUUCAUGGCUGAACCAGUCUCACCCCAUGAACAAUUCAUUGAUGGUAUAGCCACUCGUGAUGUCACCAUCGAUCAAAAUUCAGGCCUCCGGGCUCGAAUUUACUUGCCGGAGGAGGAAAAUCCCAAGUUUCCGAUCAUACUUCAUUUCCCUGGCGGUGGCUUUUGCAUCAGCCAAGCUGAUUGGUUCAUGUACUAUCAGUUUUACACUAGGUUAGCCAAAUCGAUUCCAGCUAUUGUCGUCUCGGUUUACCUCAGGCUAGCACCGGAGAACAAGCUGCCGGCCGCUUGUGACGAUGGCUACGCCGCUCUCCUUUGGCUUAAAUCGUUAUCUAAAGGUGAGUCAAACGAACCUUGGCUCAACACCCAUGGUCAUUUCAACCGAGUUUUCCUUAUAGGUGAUAGCUCAGGAGGGAACAUCGUGCAUGAAGUAGCUAAACGUAGUGGGUUCAUUGAUUUGAACCCACUAAGACUCGCUGGUGCUAUCCCUAUCCACCCAGGGUUCGUUCGGGCUCAACGAAGCAAGUCCGAGUUAGAACAACCCCAGUCACCUUUCUUAACCUUAGACAUGGUGGAUAAGUUCUUAGCCUUAGCAUUGCCCAAUGGAUGCACCAAGGACCAUCCCAUUACUUGUCCUAUGGGGUCAUUUGCCCCACCAAUUGACACCCUAAAUUUACCACCGCUGAUGUAUUGUGUAGCUGAGAAAGACUUGAUCAAAGACACUGAGAUGGAGUACUAUGAAUUAUUGAAAAAAGCCAACAAAGAUGUGGAGUUGUUUCAUAGCACUGAAAUGGGUCAUAGCUUUUAUCUUAACAAGAUUGCCAUUGAUACUGACCCUGUUACUGCUGCACAAACAAGUAAACUUAUUGAAGGAAUCAAAGUGUUCAUCAAUAAGCAUUGAAAAAGGUCGUAGUUUUUAUUGAUGUUGUCAAGCUCUGGUUGCGUGUUGCUUUUCUAUACGUAUGUCAACAUUUUAAUAAUUAUAUAUUUGAUCUUGUGGGUUAUUUGAAAAAACGUUUAGCAUGCCAACAUUGAAAGAAAUGUUUAUUUUCCAUUCAAUAAAAUUUUUAAAAUUGGAUAAUUUUCAAAUCGAUUUAAUUAAAUAAAUUAUUAAAAUUCAUGCAAUUUUUCUUCUUAGCAUCGUUAUCAUAAUUGGAAAAUAAAUUUCAUA